CCGCGGCCGAGGGGCGCGUUCAAACGCGGCGAGGGAAGGAGCGCGGAGCGGAGCCGGGCGGGACCGCAGCGCCGCCGGCAUGUGCUGGUUCUGGGCUUUUCUCUAAUUCUCCAUGGCAGCAGCACAGGGUCCUGUGACCUGUGAGCCCAACACCCGUGUCCUCGGCACCUACCUCUCCUCGGAGCCCGUCGGCGUCGUUGGCAGCAUGGGCAGCGUGGGCAGCCUGGUGGAGAAGCAGGAUCUGUCCCCCCUGGAGCUGCGGGCCCCGCUGGGCGGCUCGCGGGGGCUCCGGCAGCCCGACGGGUUGCUGCGCAAGGGCCCGAGCCAGCGGGAGCUCUUUGGGUACCUGCACGGGGCCAAGAAGGAGACGCGGGCGGAGCGGAAGCACCAGACAUCGGGCGCCUGCUACAAGCGGGACUACGAGAGUGACCGCGAGAACCGGUCCCCCGAGCGCUGCUCCCGCGAGCAUCACCGUGGGGCCGACUUCUCCAAGAGCUCCCUGCCAGAGCGGGGCCGCUUCGACAAGUGCCGUAUCAGGCCCUCGGCCUUCAAGGCAGUGGCUGGGAAGGGGCUGGUCUCCAUGCAGGGCCUGUCCUCCUCCAAGGGGCAGAAGUUGUCCAAGAGCAACGGGAGCCUGCACACGCUGCUGUCGCAAAGCAGCACAGCGGCCCCGCAGCACGGCCCGCUCCGCACCCACCUGCUCCACGCCAUCAGCCUGGAUGAGGCCUCUGACUCCAGCCACAACUCCAUCCAGAGCUUCCCGUCCUAUGGCUCCCGCCUCAAGCCUGCCCAGAGCCAGUUCAGCGCCUCCAUGGGCCACAUCAACCACAUUGGGGGCUCCUUGGACAGGGUUUCCCGGAGCCCCAGGGAUACUCUGGCCCCCGAGAAGAUGCCCCUGUCCUGUAAAAGCAUGGCCACCCUGAGCAGGGUGCAGAGCCCCGGCGAGCCCCCGCCGCCGUACGAGUUCUCCUACUCGCUGGAGGACGCGGUGAAGCAGCUGGAGGACCGGCUGCAGGAGACGGGAGGGGAGCUGCGGCAGCUCAAGAGGAGCCUCAGCGAGACUGAAGACCCCUUCACACAGGCAUUUGAGGACAAGCAGAGGCUGUGGCUGGAUGAGCUGGAGGACCUGAAGCAGAUGUACAUGGCCCGGCUGCAGCAGGUGAUGCAGCAGGCGCAGCGCGGGCAGCGGGCGCUGCAGCUGCAGCUCUACAAGGCACAGCAGGAGAAGAAGCGGCUGCAGGAGGAGCUGAGCCUGCAGCAGUGCCAGUGUGAGGAGACCAAGCUCCGGCAGUCCCAGGGCGAGCAUGGCAGCCCUAAACUGGAGGAAACCAAGUGGGAGGUGUGCCAGAAAGCAGCGGAGAUCUCCCUGCUGAAGCAGCAGCUCCGGGACACCCAGGAGGAGAUGGCUCAGAAGCUGGGGGAGAUCUUCAGCCUGAAGACGCAGCUGCGGGAGGCCAAGGCGGAGGUCCAGGCCAGGGACUCCCAGCUGGCACAGCUGGCAGACUCCUUCCAGAGCCCCCCGGAGCCGAGCACCUCGCUGCCUCUGGGCGAUGACCCCAUGCCAUCGUGCCAGGACUUCCCUGGCUGCGAAACUGAUGACUCCAAGUGCCGGGGCCUCCAAAGUGACUCGGCGGAGCCCCUGGAGCGGCAGGUGGAGUGGCUGUGGGCAGAGCUGCUGCGGGAGCGGCGUCAGGGCCAGCUGCAGGCUGUGAACUUUGAGCUGGAGAGGAAAACGUGGCAGGAGGAGAAGGAGAAGGUGCUGCGGUACCAGCGGGAGCUCCAGGCCAGCUACAUGGAGAUGUACCACCGGAGCCAGGCGCUGGAGCGGGAGCUGCGGCAGCUGCGGGCGGAGCCCAGGGAUGUCAGGAUCGACUCACCCUGGAUCGAACGGGUGGAGUCCUCCAAGAUUUGAGGAGCAGAAUGCCAGUGGGACUGAGAAGGGGGAAGGUCUCUUGCUGCUGCAAAGGGACGAUCUCAGGGUGUGCACAAGGACUGGCCCCGCUCGGCGCUGCCCUGGGCUGAAGGACCGAUUGCCACAGGGGAGCUUUUCCUUCUUGCAGCACUUCAGGCCCUUCUGGCGAGGGUCUCUGGAGGGCGGGGGGGUCAUCUGUGCCAGGGUGGGGGUCUUGCAUGUGCCCCAUGCUCUGACUUCAGGAGCGUUUGCCCUGUGAUUCCUUCUGCCAUGGGGGCAGAAACCAAGCACCCUGUGAGACAUUCUCUGUCCCUCCUGCUCUGCUGCCCCUGUUCCUACAACCCAGUAACUUAAUGUCUUGUGAGGAGAAGCUUAAGCCCUGUCCCCUACCCCACUGCCUUGCUGUGGGGGUUGCAGCUACUGGUUGCAGUGGCUGCCUCGUCAGCAGGGCCCUGGAGCUGGUGCUGCCACUGGGGAGGCCGAGGAGGAAACCCUGAGGAGUUCUGGUGCUGCUGGGAGGGGGCAGCUGCCCCAGCACCUCUGUUGGGGCUUCUCAUGUCCCUGGUGUGGAGCUGCUCUGCAAUGGAGGUGGUCGGUGCAGCUUUCUUCAGGCUGAGAUGGGGGAGUGCCUUGUGCAAGGAAGGAUGGGAACUGGUGCUCUGCUACAC